AUGAAGCUUAACGGGAAAAAUAUAAACCGGGCGGUUCUGGGUAAUGUGGGGAACGGAGAACAUAUUCGUUUUUGGCUUGACAAAUGGGUGGGUGAUCUUCCUUUUGUGGAAAGAUGGCCGCAUCUGUUUGCUCUGGAAUCUGUUAAAAAUUGCAGGGUUGUAGAAAGAAUGGGAUCGAGACAAGGGAAUGAUGGAUACACUUGGAAUUGGGUUAGAACUCCAGAAUCGGAUGUGGAGAUUAAGGAAUGGCAGGAGUGUCAAGAAGUCAUCAACAUGGUGAGAUUGUCAAAUAAAAAAGACGCAUGGAUAUGGGAUAUUGACAGACCGAAGGGGUUUUCGAUGAAUUCGGUAAAAAAGGCUUUAAUUUCUGAUAGGGAAAGUUGUUUCCUUCCAAAAUUCGAGUGGAGUAAAUGGGUUCCUAUAAAAUGUAACAUUAUGGCAUGGAGAGGUAAUUUAGAUAUACUUGCUACCAAAGUUAAUCUGAAAAAAAGUAACGUGGAUAUUCCAUCGGUUUUAUGCCCUUUCUGCGAAGAAUAUGAGGAAACCGUAGAUCAUUUGUUCUCGGCAUGCACGGUGUCUAUUCGAGUGUGGGCAACUUUUAGUGUUUGGUGCAACAUUCCGCAGAUCUUUGCUUUCGAUUUCAAAGAUUUAAUGGAUAUUCACAAUAAUAUCCAGAGUGGGAAAAAGACGAAAAAGAUUAUCCGUGGUUUGAUUAUUAUAGCGUGUUGGUGUAUUUGGAAAGGCAGGAACGACUUGGUGUUCAAUCAGAUAAGGAGAAGUUCGCAAGAUAUCAUGAUUGAGAUAAAGUCGAGAGGUUUUUGGUGGUUUAAAAGUAGAUCAUCUUGCGAAAAUAUUAGUUGGAAAGAUUGGUGUAAAUACCCUAUGUAUAUGUUGUAG